GUUCUUGCAGUCGAUCUGCUCAACCCGAGCCCCCAGGCCGAGGCCCGCAAGCACAAGCUCAAGACCCUCGUUCCAGGCCCGCGAUCAUUCUUCAUGGACGUCAAGUGCCCAGGCUGCUUCACCAUCACCACCGUCUUCUCGCACGCCCAAACUGUCGUCGUCUGCGCAGGCUGCUCACAAGUUUUGUGCCAACCCACUGGUGGUAAGGCAAGACUCACCGAGGGUUGCUCGUUCCGGAGGAAGUAGAUGGAACCCAACGCGGAUGUGGCAAGGGCGGCUAUGGAUAUGAUUACGCUUGUCAGUCUGCCACAGCGGCUGAGAGUGGCACCAGCACUGCAACAUAAUAUGACACAGCGGGUUCAUGCGACGAGUCACGGCCGGCGUUCGGAGGGAUGUUGAUAUCGAGACGAGGUGGCAUAUGCCGGCGAGCUCUGCGUCAUUGCAUAAGAGUGAGGACUCGGACAACCAGCGAGGAGUCUCACCUAUGUAUGGUUUGAAGGACAGGAUUGCUAAACAAUUCAACCAAACUACUUGCCAGCAAUUGGCCACUCAUAUGCUUGCCGGACGUGCUACUCUCGUCAAUGUUUGACUUGUCUCGGCCAAGUCACGUGACCAUCAUUUGUAACUACAUUCAGCAAGCUUGCCGAGUGGAU